AUGACGACCCUCUCCCCUGACCACCUUAAAACCCUCGAACAAUCCCGCCAGCGCCUCAUCCAACUAACGCACUCUUUGGGCUCCUUGAUUACAAGCCUAAACCAAUCUGAUCCUUUACCAACAUGGUCCUCUCUUCAAACGCAAGCAAGCAUCAUCUCCAACAAUCUCCAAUCCAUCUCCACGCACCUCUCUGAGAACCACGAGCUUCUACGGAGUAUAUCUGCCCUCCCAGCGCCGGAAUUCCCGACCAAAACGCAUGCGAAUACGCUCGAACAGCUUCUGCGCACGAAACUUGAUCCCAGGGUCGAGGAUUGGGUGAGCAGAGGGCGGAAGGCGGAUAAUUCCGCUAUUCAGGGAUCCUCAGGGUCGACGGGGAUGUUCUCAACGUUGCCAUCGGCUUCUGCAGCUGGGAUGAAUGCGGGCGUGGUGGGCGCCGGCGCUGGAGGUAGGCUCAGCGAAGAUGAUCUCGCGGCGCUGUGGGAGUGGGCGCCUGUUGAGGCGAACUCAGAGGCAAGAAGGAGGAACUGGGGAGGGAAUUUCACGUUGGAGGAGAAGGAGAGGGGGAUUCAGCAGGUUGUUGCGGAGUUGGGGUUGAAGAGGGUUUUAGAGGAUGAUGAUGAGAGCGAGGAAGAAGACGAAGAGAUGGAUGUUGGGUUUGGAGGGAGGAUUGAUGGUGCGCCUGAUAACGCUGGCGCUGCAGCAGGGGAGCACGCUUUGCCGCUGGUGCCGAUCAACGAGAUCCUACGGUACAUGACUACGGGUGUUAUGCCGGCGGUACGGUAG